CCUCCAGCUUGCUACGAGUCUUCCCUUCUGGCAGUAUCUUACCAUUGCUAUUCCCUAUUUAGGUGCUUCUCUGGGCACCGUUUGGUGACUGUAGCAUAGGCUAUGUAGGUUCCACCUGACGCUUCUCUGUUGUUUCCUUUUCUGGUUUGCUCCGUUUGGUAGCAAUAAAAUUACAGUCCAAUCACUGUAGUGCGAUGGCAAAAUUGCAUGAAACUCUAAAACCCAUUUUGUCAAUCCCGUUUUCUCGUUUAGACUAUUCUAUGUACAUGAAGAUGUUGCAGGUUUGCAUGGACGCAAAGGCUGAAAGAUGCGGUCGUUUGAUUCAUAACCAACUAAUAACAAGUGGGUUUGAUUCAAAUGUACACUUAAAUACAAAACUGAUAAUAUUCUAUUCGAAAUUUGGCCACAUGGACACAGCUCGUAACUUGUUCGAUAAAAUGCGUGACAGAAAUUUAGUGUCCUGGACUGCUAUGAUUUCUGGGUUUACACAAAAUGGGUAUUAUGAAAAUGCUUUGAUGAUGUUUUCGGCAAUGCGUGGGGUGGGUGUCAAGGCCAACCAGUUCACCUAUGCGAGUGUGUUGAAGGCGUGUACUAGUAUGAGGUGUUUGGAGGUGGGGAUGCAAGUACAUGGCUGCAUACACAAGAGUAGGUUUGUGGACAAUUUGUUUGUGCAGAGUGCAUUGGUUGACUUGCACUCGAAAUGUGGGGAAAUGGAAGAGGCUUGCAAGUGCUUCGAAAUGAUCGCAGAGAGGGAUGUAGUUUCUUGGAAUGCAAUGAUUGGUGGAUAUGCUGUUCAGGGAUUUGCCGAUGAGUCAUUUCAAAUGUUUCGUUCAAUGAUGAGAGAAGGACUGAUUCCUGAUGGCUUCACCUUGGGAAGCGUCUUGAGAGCCUGUGCUACUCACAGUAGUCUCAUGAAGAUCAACCAGACACAUGGGUUAAUUAUCCAUUUGGGUUUUGGAUCACAAAAUGCUUUGAUUGGAUCAUUGAUUGGUGCUUAUGCAAAAUGUGGAAGAGUAGGAAGUGCUUAUCACUUAUACAAGAGUUUGCCAACUAAAGAUAUUAUAUCUUGUACUUCACUGAUAGUUGGAUUUGCACACGAAGCUAACCAUAGCGGAGAUGCCCUGAGACUCUUCAAGGAAGUAAUUCAAAUGCACAUUGAAAUGGAUGAAGUUAUAUUUUGCUCCAUGCUUAAUAUAUGUGCAAAUAUAUCAUCACUAAGCUUUGGAAGACAAGUCCAUGCUGUUGUUUCAAAAGUUCAAUCCUGUUAUGAUGUGGCCAUGGGCAAUGCCCUUGUUGAUAUGUAUGCAAAAUGUGGAGGAAUUGAAGAUGCGAAGCAUGCUUUUGAUGAGAUGGAGGAGAAAAAUGUGAUUUCAUGGACAUCACUUAUUGCCGGAUAUGGGAAACAUGGCUUUGGACAUAAAGCAUUUGCACUUUAUAAGAUGAUGGAACACGAAGGGUUAAGGCCGAAUGAUGUUACAUUCUUGACUCUUCUCUUUGCUUGUAGCCAUAGUGGAUUGACUGGUGAAGGAUCAGAAUGCUUUAAUAGUAUGGUAAAAGAGUACAACAUUUUGCCUAAACCAGAGCAUCUCUCUUGUAUAAUAGAUCUCUUUGCACGUGGAGGCCAGUUAGAAGAAGCCUAUAAUUUGAUAUGUGAGAUGAAAAUCAAACCUACUGCUUCGAUUUGGGGUGCCAUUCUUGGGGCAUCUAGCACCUAUUAUAAUUUAUCAAUUGGGGAAAUAGCAGCCUUUAAUCUUUUCAAAAUGGAUCCCAAGAAUUCAGUUAACUAUGUUGUUUUAGCUAGCUUAUAUGCUGCGUGCGGCCAAUGGGACAAUGCUUCCAAGAUGUGGAAUUUGGUAAAAGAUAGAGGUUUAAAGAAAGAUCCCGGAUACAGUCUUUUACAAGCUACAAAGAAGGAAAUUGCACUUUUGAAGCAUAGUUGAAAGUGGAGAACUAUCUCAUUUUAUUGCCCUUGGGGAGAUAGGGAGAUACUGAAACCUUUACCAUGCAGAACAGAUGCUUCAUAUGUUAAGGCCAUAAAGGAGUAGGGGAGGAUGCUCAAGCACAGACUUUUGGUCCAUUGAUGCAUUCUCAGUUCACAGUCUUGUUGUCAACAUUCAGAUCCUUUGAGUUCUCGUACUGUCUAUUGAUGCUAACUUCUCUUCUAUCUGAGUCUUCUCUCCUCUGUGAAUUAACAUGGAGUCACUGGGUGAUAUCUUGUCAGGCACCAAAGCAACAUUUAGCUUCAGCAUUCCUAUAACGGGUCUGACAAGUCUUUUUUUCAGAUUGAGGGAAGAGAGAAGAAUGCUUCCCGAUGGAAGAAAAAUAUCUCAAGUGCAAAACAAAUCCCAACUGCCCUGAUCUAUUGGAAUAAAGGCAAGUAGGAGCCUCAAUCAAGCUUUAGAUGCUUAGGGAGAACACGUUCUGGUCAAUCUAAAAACAUGCUUAGUGUGUUAUUCUACUCGAACUAAUUGAAUUGGACAGAUCCAAGUACAACUGAUUGUGUUGACUCGAGAUCCUUCCCCAAACACUUGAUUUUCAGCCCCUUUCCCCAUGGAACCCUAGAUCAGAACGGUGACACAAACCAAGACUCUCUUCUCGCCCAAAUCACUCGAGGACACAGUUGCACAUCUUCGACCCCGAAGGAACGUCGGAGCACCACCCAGGCUACCUAGAACCCGCGGACCAGGCACCCACUGCCACCUCGCGCCAUUUCGCUUGUGCCGCAGGUUCCUCUUGUCAAUCAGGGCGUCUGUGAAACUGAAACGCUAAGUAAUGGCGACGACGUCGCAUGCUCAGGCUGUGAAGUCCCUCAACAAAUCCCCUGCGCGCCGCCGUUUUGUCUUCAAGACGUUCUCUCAGAGGGUAGGAGAGAUAGAAAUCGAUGUUUACAGAAGUCUUGACGAAGUGAAACCCGAGCCAUCAGAGGGCUCCUUUUUUUGGGACUGCCUCAUAGAAUGGAGGGAAUUGAAUACUGCUGAGGAUUUUAUUUAAUUUUAUGUGGAAAUAAUGCCCUUGGUACAAACAUUACCUCUGGUUCUAUUGCACAAGGAAUUAAUAGUGUCGAAACUUCUCUCUAGUUUACAUAUGAAAGCAAGGCUUUCUCUGGAGCCUAUUCUUAGGUUAAUUGCUGCUCUAUCUAGAGAUCUCUUGGUGGAUUUUAUCCCCUUUCUGCCGAGGAUUGCUUAUUCUUUAGCGUCUCUCCUACAAAGUGGUGCUGAUAGGGAGCCAGAGAUUAUCGAACAGAUAUUUAUAUCGUGGUCAUAUAUUAUGAUGUAUUUGCAGAAGUAUUUGAUAGAAGACCUUGUUUAUCUGCUCAAGGUGACGGUAAAACUAAGAUUUUAUCCCAAGGAUUAUGUUCAAGAAUAAAUUAUUUGAAUAUUACUACUUAUCAAAAAAUUAUUAUGGCAGAGGCAUUAUCAUUCUUGCUUAGGAAUGCGCCAGAUGAGGAAAGGAACCUUUGUUUUUAUUGGUGUAAAUACUGUCAGAAAACACUGAAUCACCAAGUCAAACCUUCAAUGGGGAAAGGAACGUGGGAGUUUCGUUCUUCCAAACUAUUGGCCAACACUAUAAAUGUAUUGGCUGGUAUUAUUAGUGCUAAAAUCUAAAUUGUAUUGUGUUAGAGGACAUGUUUGUAAUUAAUAUAAGUGUCAAUUGUAUGUAGUGUAUAUAUACAUUUGUACAUCAAUGAUAGUAAGUGUAAUCUUUCCAAUAUGUGUCUACAUGGUAGUAGAGCCAGUGAGCUUAGUGGAUCUAAUGCCUGUAACUUUAGCAAGAGACCCAUUAGCGAGAGUAACACUUUUUGGAGAUGUCACAGUAUCUAACUUAGAUAAGACAGAUGACAAACCAGUCAGAUGCUCAUUAGCUCCUGAAUCAAUGAUCCACGGAUCUUGAAUGGAUGAGGCAAGACAUGCGGAUGCUAUACCUGAGUGGGUAAGAGUAGCUGUGGCGGAUGAAGCUCAUGUGUGACCCAAAAACUGCUCAUACUCAUCCUUCGAUAUACUAAUCAUACCUGAGUUGGAGCUAGUUAACUGUGAUGUAGUAUCUUGGCAAAUGGCCUAAUUAGCAAACCCAAAUGGUCUACUAUGUAGAUCCCAACAAUAGUCUACCGAAUGGUUAGUGUGAUCACAAUGGGUGCACUUAUGAGGCUCUUGACCUCAAGUGCGAUUACCUUUGGCAUCAUGUCCCUCACAUGCACCUCUACCACCUCGGCCUCCAUGCCCACUAGGAGCAACAUAAGAGGUAACUGCAUCAUAUAAUUGUGACUCAAAUUUAAUUGUCAUAUUUGAGAACCUCCACACAAUAUCACAACUGAACUU